CCGAAAGGCCUCCGCCCCAGACCCCUCCGCCCCAUGGUCUUGCUAGAGACAUAUUGCCCGGAUCAUCCCCCUCUGGACAAUCUCACUCGUGCACUGCCCUUUGUGCGAAUCGCCACCAUGAUGCUCGCUACUCGCUCUCUCGUCGGCACCGCCCGCGUUGCCACUCGCGCCUUCUCCACCGCCACCUACGACGCCACCAUUGCCAACCUCAAUGUUACCAAGGACACCAAGGUCAUCUGCCAGGGUAUGACCGGUAAGCAGGGUACCUUCCACACCGAGCAGGCCAUCGCCUACGGCACCAAGAUGGUCGGUGGUAUCUCCCCCACCAAGGCCGGCACCGAGCACCUCGGCCUUCCCGUCUUCGCCACCGUCGAGGAGGCCCGCAAGGCCACCAACGCCGAUGCCUCCGUCAUCUACGUCCCUCCCCCUGGCGCUGCCAAGGCCAUUCUCGAGGCUGUCGAGGCUGAGGUCCCCCUGAUUGUCUGCAUCACCGAGGGUAUCCCCCAGCAGGAUAUGGUCCGCGUCAAGCAGGCCCUCCUUACCCAGAACAAGUCUCGCCUGGUUGGCCCCAACUGCCCCGGUGUCAUCCGCCCCGAUGCCUGCAAGAUCGGUAUCAUGCCCGGCCACAUCCACACCCCCGGCCGCAUUGCCAUUGUCUCUCGCUCCGGCACCCUGACCUACGAGGCCGUGGCUCAGACCACCGCCGCCGGCCUCGGCCAGACCCUGUGCGUCGGUAUCGGUGGUGACCCCUUCAACGGCACCAACUUCAUCGACUGCCUGAAGCUCUUCCUCGCCGACCCCCAGACCGAGGGUAUCAUCAUGAUCGGUGAGAUCGGUGGCUCCGCCGAGGAGGAGGCCGCUGACUUCCUGCGCGAGUUCAACUUCUCCCUGCCCAACCCCAAGCCCGUUGUUUCCUUCAUCGCCGGCCGGACUGCUCCCCCGGGCCGCCGCAUGGGUCAUGCCGGUGCUAUCAUUGCCGGUGGCAAGGGCGGUGCCGAGGACAAGAUCCGCGCCCUCCAGAACGCCGGUGUCGUGGUCGCCGACUCCCCGGCUCGCCUUGGCUCCACCAUGCUGGAGCUCAUGCAGAAGCUCGAUGCCCAGAAGAAGUAAGCUCCCCAGCCUCACUGACCGCGUGGUGGCCCCCUCCCGCAUGGGUGGCUGACAGGUGCGCGUGAGUGCGCAUCUGUCACGCGUCUUCCCCUCCCCCCCCCACUCCCCCCCACUCCCAUAUGUGUUCCCCCACAGCCGGGAGAAAAAAAACAUACACGUAAAACACAUACAUAGCUCUUCCCCCCUUUCUGCCCUCUGGCACCGGCCAUUUUCAUGAUCGGAUGGCAGGGGGUGCUCUCCCCCUCCCCGCCUCUCUCCCCUUCUCCCCGUCUCUCCUCCUGCCCGCGGUGUGUCCUAUCUCCCUGUCCCCCACGCCGCGGCGUGGGCAGCUCAUACACCCCUCUCUAUAUACAUACAUAUAUACAUAUACACCUCCGCAUAUGGGGGCGCACAAAGGUGG